AGAUCUCAGUAAAUUCACCUCUAGUUAGCUGUAAAUGGUUUCCAGUGCCUCAUUAAGAACUGAGUUUCUGGCCAGCCAUGAUGGCACAGGCCUUUAAUCCCAGCAUUUAGAAGGCAGAGGCAGUUGGAUCUGUGUGAGUUUGAGGCCAGCCUAGUCUACAUAUUGAGUUUCAGGACAGCCAGAGUUAGAUAGUGAGACUCUGUCUCUCAUAAAGAAAAAAAUGAGGGGGGAAAAAAAGGAGCUCCCAGGCUAGCAGGGGGUGCACAGCUAGCAAGAACAAUGGUGUUGCCAAGUUCUGUGACCAUUGUUGGAUCGCCAGAACCCUCAUGGUGGAAGGAGAGCACAGAUUCCCCACAGCAAGCUCUCUGUGCAUGCCUCCCCCACUCACCCCAUCCCACUUGGGAACAAACAAUCAAAUAAAUAAAUGCUAAAACUGUAAAGGACUAAGCUCCAGGUCAGACUUUUCUAUUGUAAGCCCAGGCUUCUGUCUGUACACUAGAAGAGCGAGGGGUCUUUGUCUCCUUGGCAGGACUGAGUGCCUCACUCUUGAAACUGGCCCCCAAGAGAGAGUUCCUAGGCCAAGGAUAUAGCUGGCCUCAGGUCAUGGUGGGGCACUGAGCACUAUUGUCACUCCUGCGAGCCAGUUGGGGAAGCAGUGGUCCCCUCCCCUCUGGUUUCCCUUCCAUCUCGCAGGCUUAUAUUAUAGACUAGUACCUCUAGUCUAAAAGCAACAGGGAGAAGUGAAACCAAUUAGGAUAGAAAUGAAAUCAAUUAGGAUAGAAUUUUUGUUCCCUUCCUCCUAUUUUUUAUCAUCAGUUCAAAAUCAACAAAAUUAAAGAUAGAAAGUGACAAAAUAUUUACUUACUGGUUUAUGUUUUUCUAAAAUGAGAAAACUGAGACGCAAACACCUGUGGUUGACUGUGGUAUGGUGGGUGUGUGCCACUGUAACUGGACUAGAAGGGUUUCCUCUUGGACUGAAGGCACCUUCCCUCUUGAGGGUGUGUGUGGAUGACUUCCCUUACACAAGGGAAAGGCAGAAACUGCCCCUGCCCCUUGCUUUUUAACAAUUUAGUUGCAUGAUUUCUGUUCUUCCCAGUCUUCAGUCCAGGCCCUCCUAUGUCUCCUCCCUCCAACUCCAUUUAUAUCUUUCCUUCUUCCAUCUCCAGUGCAUGGCCACUUUUUCUUUGAUAUUUUAUACACACACAUAUGCAUGUAUAAUACACACACACCAUAUAUACAUGUGCAGUACACAUGUACAUAUGCAUGUGUAAUACAGAAGCCACCUGCUGCAUCCAUGAAGUGUUGCCUCAUGUCUACAGUUGAAGGAUGACCACUUAAAAUUACGUAGCUAAUUUGAAGGCUCAUCGCUGGGGAAGACUGUUUCUCCCACUCGCAGCAAUCGUUAGCUGCCUGUAGUUCUGUGUCUAGGGUGGGGACCAGGGAGGUUUCCUCUUCUGUGUCGUGUGCCUGUGGAUGUUGUCAUUGUUCUGGUCUCAUUGUUCUCUUGGGUGUAGCUUCCCUGUCAUUUCUAGAGGACACAGCCUCACAGCAGACUUCCUGAUCCCCUGGCUCUUAAGUCAUUUGUUCCUCCUUUUGAGAUGUUCCCUGAACCUUAGGUGCAGGAGUUGUGUUGUAGAUGGAUGGGGGGCUGGAGGGCCCCAUGAUCAGCCGUUCUCAGCCUUUUGACCAGUUGUGGUUUUCUUUUCUUUUUUUUUUUUUUUUGGUUCUUUUUUCCGGAGCUGGGGACCGAACCCAGGGCCUUGAGCUUCCUAGGCAAGCGCUCUACCACUGAGUUAAAUCCAGUUGUGGUUUUCUAAAGUGGUUUCUGGUACAAAGAGCAGCUUUGUUGAUGAGAGCAAGAACUACUCUUCCUGCUGGGAGAAGGUUACAAAUUAUAAUACUGUGGUAGAAGCAAAUUCAGAUUCGGAUGAUGAAGACAAACUCCAUAUUGUGGAAGAAGAAAGUGUCACAGAUGCAGCUGACUGUGAAGGUGGUGUGCCAGAUGAUGAGCUGCCAACAGACCAGACAGUGUUACCAGGAGGCAGUGACAGGGCGGGCAGUGCCAAGAACUGCUGGCAAGACGACGUAAAAGAUGACGAAUGCGACUCAGAUGCAGAAAACGAGCAAAACCAUGAUCCCAACGUGGAAGAGUUCCUGCAGCAACAGGACACCGCGGUCAUCUACCCUGAGGCACCCGAGGAGGACCAGCGGCAGGGCACGCCAGAAGCCAGCGGUCAUGAUGACAAUGGAACACCAGAUGCAUUUUCCCAGUUGCUCACCUGCCCGUAUUGUGAUAGAGGCUACAAGCGCUUUACCUCUUUGAAAGAACACAUUAAGUACCGCCAUGAGAAGAAUGAAGACAACUUCAGCUGCUCCCUGUGCAGUUACACCUUUGCAUACAGAACCCAGCUUGAACGUCAUAUGACAUCACAUAAGUCAGGAAGAGAGCAAAGACAUGUGACACAGUCUGGAGGUAACCGUAAGUUCAAGUGCACCGAGUGUGGGAAAGCGUUCAAGUACAAACACCAUCUGAAGGAGCACUUACGGAUCCACAGUGGAGAGAAGCCAUAUGAAUGCCCAAACUGCAAGAAACGUUUUUCCCAUUCUGGCUCUUAUAGCUCACACAUAAGCAGUAAGAAGUGUAUUAGCUUGAUGCCUGUGAAUGGUAGGCCCAGAUCAGGACUCAAGACAUCUCAGUGUUCCUCGCCAUCUCUUUCAACAUCACCAGGCAGUCCCACACGCCCACAGAUACGGCAGAAGAUAGAGAAUAAACCCCUUCAAGAACCGCUUUCUGUAAACCAAAUCAAAACUGAACCUGUGGAUUAUGAGUUCAAACCCAUAGUGGUUGCUUCAGGAAUCAACUGUUCAACCCCUUUACAAAAUGGGGUUUUUAGCGGUGGUGGCCAAUUGCAGGCAACCAGUUCUCCUCAGGGUGUGGUGCAAGCUGUUGUUCUGCCAACAGUUGGUUUGGUAUCUCCCAUAAGUAUCAACUUAAGUGACAUUCAGAAUGUACUUAAAGUGGCUGUAGAUGGUAACAUAAUACGACAGGUUUUGGAGAAUAAUCAAGCCAGUCUUGCAUCCAAAGAGCAAGAAGCCGUGAGUGCUUCAUCCAUCCAGCAGGGCGGCCAUUCUGUCAUUUCUGCCAUCAGUCUUCCUUUAGUUGAUCAGGAUGGCACAACCAAAAUCAUCAUCAACUACAGUCUUGAGCAGCCCGGCCAACUUCAGGUUGUUCCCCAGAAUCUAAAGAAAGAAAACCCAGCCCCUCCAAAGAGCUGCAAAAGUGAGAAGUCACCAGAAGAUCUUACUGUCAAGUCAGAGAAGGACAAAAGCUUUGAUGGGGCUGCGGAUGAGAGCACUUGCCUUUUGUGUGAGGACUGCCCAGGAGACCUCAAUGCACUUCCAGAACUAAAGCACUAUGACCCAGAGCACCCUGCUCAACCUCCACCCCCUGCCCCAGCCACCGAGAAGCCAGAGUCCUCUGCUUCAUCAGCCGGCAAUGGAGAUUUGUCUCCCAGUCAGCCACCUUUAAAGAACCUUCUGUCGCUCUUAAAAGCCUACUAUGCUCUGAAUGCACAGCCAAGCACAGAAGAGCUCACCAAGAUUGCCGAUUCUGUGAACCUGCCGCUGGAUGUAGUUAAAAAGUGGUUUGAAAAGAUGCAAGCUGGACAGAUUCCCGGGCAGUCUCUUGAACCACCUUCUCCAGGACCGGGGUCAGGAAACAUCCCUGCAAAAACUGAGGAGCAGCCUCAACCUGUGGAUGGAAAUGAGCCCCAGGAAGACAGCACACGUGGACAGAGUCCUCUCAAGAUGACAAGCUCUCCAGUUUUACCAGUAGGAUCAGCCAUUAACGGUUCCAGAAGUUGCACAUCAUCCCCAUCCCCUCUAAACCUUUCCUCAGCCAGGAACCCGCAGGGUUACUCUUGUGUGUCAGAGGGUACCCAGGAGGAGCCCCAAGUAGAACCUCUUGAUCUCUCACUACCAAAGCAACAGGGAGAGUUACUGGAAAGGUCGACAGUCAGUAGCGUUUACCAGAACAGUGUUUAUUCUGUCCAGGAAGAACCCUUGAACUUGUCUUGUGCAAAAAAGGAGCCACAAAAGGACAGUUGUGUUACAGACUCAGAACCAGUUGUAAAUGUAGUCCCACCAAGUGCCAACCCCAUAAACAUUGCUAUUCCUACAGUCACUGCCCAGUUACCCACAAUCGUGGCCAUCGCUGACCAGAACAGUGUUCCGUGCUUACGGGCACUCGCUGCCAACAAGCAGACUAUUCUGAUUCCCCAAGUGGCAUAUACAUACUCCGCUACAGUCAGCCCAGCCAUGCAGGAGCCACCAGUGAAGGUGAUCCAGCCAAAUGGAAACCAGGAUGAAAGACAAGACACUAGCUCAGAAGGAGUCUCCGUGGAGGACCAGAAUGACUCUGACUGCACGCCACCCAAAAAGAAAACUCGGAAGGCAGAGAAUGGGAUGUACGCAUGUGACCUGUGUGACAAGAUAUUUCAGAAGAGCAGCUCCCUGCUGAGACACAAAUAUGAGCAUACAGGUAAGAGGCCCCACGAGUGCGGAAUCUGUAGAAAGGCAUUUAAACACAAGCAUCAUUUGAUUGAGCACAUGCGACUGCACUCUGGGGAAAAGCCCUACCAAUGUGACAAGUGUGGCAAGCGCUUCUCACACUCGGGGUCUUACUCUCAACACAUGAAUCACCGCUACUCCUACUGCAAGAGAGGAGCUGAAGACAGAGAUGCCAUGGAGCAGGAAGACACUGGGCCGGAAGCCCUGCCGGAAGUCCUGCCCACUGAGCUUGUUGGUGCCCGGGCAUCUCCCUCACAGGCUGACUCGGACGAGAGAGAAAGUUUGACAAGGGAAGAGGAUGAAGACAGUGAAAAGGAGGAGGAGGAGGAGGAUAAAGAGAUGGAAGAAUUGCAGGAAGACAAGGAAUGUGAGAACCCACAGGAGGAGGAGGAGGAGGAAGAGGAGGAAGAAGAAGAGGAGGAGGAGGAAGAGGAAGAGGAGGCAGAGGAAGCUGAGCAUGAGGCGGCAGCAGCCAAGACUGGGGGUGCAGUGGAGGAGGAAGCGGCUCAGCAGGCAGGCAGCUUCCAGCAGAAGGCCAGCGGGAGCGAGAGCAAGCGACUGUCUGAAGAGAAGACAAAUGAAGCCUAGGAGCUCUUCCAAAAGGAAGUCCUGCUUGGUAAUGAAAUUUGCUCUAUAUUACCCACGCUUUUCAUGGAAACAUGGCUCCUGUGCUAUGGUUCCUGCUCACUACUGUGUAAUGUCAGAACUGAAAAACAAAAUACUAAAAAAAAAAAAAAAAAAAAAAAAAAAAAUCCGGGUGUGCCUGAACCUCAAACCUAGUAAUUUUUCAUGCAGUUUUCAAAGUUAGGAACAAGUUUGUAACAUGAAGCAGAUUAGAAAACAAAGGUUUCUCAGCAGGUUACAGGAAGCUCGAUGGGCAUCUGGCUUGGCUGGCAGUAUUAUCACUCUUACGUUGUUCAUUCUAAGCUGUACAAUGGGAGAAAUUUUAUAAUUUUUUAUUGGUAAACAUAUGCUAAAUCCACUUCAGUAUUUUAUUAUGUUUUUUUUAAAUGUGAGAACUUCUGCACUACAGAAUUCCCUUCACCGAGCAGUAGAAAGCAGUUCAGACCGUGCUGGCUACCUGCUGCCACCCCACCAGUCAGGAGGUAGGACCUCUGACCUUAGAUGCCAUGCUGCCAUCUAACGUGCAUCGCUAGCCUUAAGGAAGCAGAGAGAGGAGCGGGAGUUUCUUACUCGUGUGAUCUUAAAUGGAGUUCAAAGGUUGUCCUUGAGUUCUGACUGCAGGGACGGCCAGUGUUGAUGUGGCGAGGACGGCAGAGGCGGCAGAAUCAGUGUUCGUGAUUGUGUUUGCGUACGUGACAGCAACUAUGAAGGAUCUAUAGGAAGCGCUGUGUCCCUUUGGCCUUAAGCAAGACCUAUGUGCUGUAAGUGCCAUUGUCAGUGUUUCAAGGCUGUAACAGCCUUCACUCAGUGUGUGGCCUACAAUAACUAGCAUUUGUUGAUUUGUUUGUUGUGUCAAAAUUCCCAAAUAAAACUCAAACCACUGACUCUGUCAGAGAAGCUGAAGCACUGGGACAUUUCACACUUCUGUUCCUCAGUAUUCAUGUUACGUUGAUUGACUCAGAAAUCUCUACAGAAAUAAAAGGGAAAUUCUCCAACUACUUAGUCCAUGUACUUGCGUGUCAGACAUGGAUAAGCCAUUGGUUCUUGGCUCACAGCCAUUUCCAAAUGUUAGUUAUUACGGACCCAGGUGAUGAACAGCAGCUGAUUUUUACCUACCAGUAUUAUUUUAUUUCUUUUAGUUUGUAGAUCUGUGCAACAUUUUUGUACUGUACGUCUUCAAGCCUGGCAGUAUUAAUACCCUUCUUACUGACACGUACUUUUAGUUUUAGAAAACUUUUAUAUUUAUGUGUCUUAUUUUUAUAUUUCUUUAUUUAUUACACAGUGUAGUGUAUAAUACUGUAGUUUGUAUUAAUACAAUAAUAUAUUUUAGUAUGAAAUUUUGGAAAGUUGAUAAGAUUUAAAGUAGAGAUGCAAUUGGUUCUCGUGCAUUGAGAUUUGAUUUAACAGUGUUCUGUUAACAUUUAUACUCGCCUCGGACUGUAGAACAGAGUUUAAAUGGGAAUGUAUUAGUUUUACAACUACAAUCAAGUCAUUCUCCCUUUACCCAGUUUUUAAUAUGAAACUCUUACACUUUGAAACUCACUGUGUGUGACUCAUAGCAUGCUGCUCUUCUGUUAAGAGUUAGCCCAGCCAUAACUCAUUCCCUUAGCAAGCCAAAUUAGAAUUGCCUUCUGUAAACAGUGUUGGGAACAAUGUUUAACAUGGUGUGCCAAUUUGUUCCUGUAUCCAUGUAUGUAAGCUACCAAUCCGACUCUUCCUUUUAAGUUCCUUGUUACACCAUGGUCAUUUUCUAGUUUUUUACCAGACUCCCAGCUCACAAUAAACGCAUCAACAAGCCUGA